AUGCAACCCCCUCUGCCCUCCGCCACGCCGACAUGGCGCAACGAUACCUACGAGGCUAUCUCGCCCUCCCGCCCGGAGCUCAGCGCAGCGGGGAAGACGGUCAUCGUGGCAGGCGCGGGUAGUGGAAUCGGCCGAGAGACCGCCCUUGCCUUUGCUGCUGCCGGGGCCGCUCGAGUCAGUCUUCUGGGCCGCACAGAGGCCGCCAUAGCCGAGACGGCCGCCUCCUUGCCGUCGUCUGUGCAGAGUGAUGUUCACGCUGUGGACAUCACGGACGAACAGACGUUGAUCAAGGUGGCAGCCGCGAUCGGCAAGUGGGAUAUUCUUGUUUUGUCUUCUGGCUAUGUGUCUAAGCCGUCGCCUGUCGCGGGGUCGGCUACCGAUGACUGGUGGCAGAGUUUUGAGACAAACACCAAGGGAACAUACCUUGUCAGCAAGGUGUUCCUCCCCACGGCGAACCCUUCGCAUGCGUCCAUCGUCGCACUCACCACCGGCACAACGGCGUUGCCGGCAGUCGCCCUGCCAGGCCUGUCCGCCUACAUGGCGUCCAAGCUAGCCCAAACCAAAAUCAUUGAGUUCCUAGCGGCGGAAAACCCGAACAUCUUCGCGGUGACCCUUCACCCGGGCAUGGUCGAGACCGACAUCUUCACCAAGAGUGGCGCCAAGGCCGAGGCGCUCCCCAUGGAUAAAGUCCAACUCCCUGCCCACUUCACGGUGUGGCUGACAAGUCCCGAAGCCGCGUUCCUGAACGGCCGUACUGUUUGGGCCAACUGGGACGUCGAAGAGCUCAAAAAGGGUACCGGCGCGAUCCAAUCCGGCCAGCUGCUGACCAGCGGUAUCAACGGGUGGCCAUACACUAGCCUUGCUUGA